CUGCAACAAGAAAAGGUUUUAGAAACCAAAUACAAAUGUUGUGGUCUAGAAAAGGAAAAGAAGAUGCCCCUGAGAAUCAAAGUGUUAACAUGUACACUUUUAGUUCCAUUGACUCUCAAAUACCUUGCUUUAUCAAAUUACUGCCUUCAAUCCAUUGAUUACAAGCUGGCAAAGCAUGGAAACAAUAUACAUGUAGCUAUAGCUAUGAGUCUAUGGCCGUGUUUGUGUAUUUCCAGAAAUACCCCUCUGCAAAUUGAGACAUCAGGGAAGGGAAAUGACACAUGGUGGUGGUCUUUGGAAUGUUUUCGUUCAACUGUGAUGCUUGAACAAGCAUCUAAUUGCUAUUACCUUUCAGCCAAACCACUUAUAUUAAGAAAGUAUGGAUUUCAUCUCAUUCUUUCUGAUGAUCUAUACAAGAAAUGCAAGAAGACACGAGGUGCAACACCACAUCACCUCUACCACCUAAUUCAAUGGUGCAACAAAACCAAACAGCAGGGGAGUUUUCCACUGACACCUGAGAUUCUUCAUUUGUUAAAGCAGAAGCUGAAAGAAGUUGAUCAAAUGAUCAUCAAAAGACACAAAUGUAUUUCCUGUGAAUAA